AUUAUGCACAGGUGGCACAGCCAUAGAGACACGCAAGUGGUCGCUCAUGGCUCUGUACUCUGGCUUGGGGCAUCCAGGUGACAGUAUAUCCUGGCCGCUGCUAGGCUCAAAAUGUCGACAGCGGAGGAGCACGAGCAUGAGCAGCAGAGUUUCUGGGAACGGCACGAGUUCAAGUUCUACAAGUAUGGCCACAUUUACGCUGUCAUCUAUGGCCAGGUGGUCAUCGACUAUGUGCCCCAUCAGCCGUUGCGACGGGGUCUAAAGGCACUGCUGAUUGCCUACAGUCAUGUGCUGAGUCUCCUGCUGAUCCUGGUGCUGCCCGGCUACUUUGUCUAUCACUUCCGAACGCUCACCGAGACGCACGACCGGCGCAUGCAGCUCAUGCUGUACGUGAGCUUCGCGAACACGGCCAUCAAAUAUGCGACUGUGAUCGUGACAUAUGUGGCCAAUACGGUGCACUUUGAGGCCAUCAACUAUCGGUGCACGGUGCAGCGGCAGCGCCUGGAGACGGCCUUUCAGGGCGCCCCAAGGCAGCCAAAGCGGAGCUUCGAGUUCUUCAUGUACUUCAAGUUCUGCCUGAUCAAUCUGAUGAUGAUCGUGCAGGUGGGCGGCAUAUUCGCGGUGUACAGCGCCGCAGAUGGGCCCGUGGUCAGUCAGGUGCGCCUGCAUUUUGCCAUCUACGCCUUUGUGCUGUGGAACUACACGGAGAACAUGGCCGACUAUUUUUACUUUAUUAAUGGCAGUGCUUUGAAGUACUAUCGCCAGCUGCAUCUGCAGCUGAUGGAGCUGCGGCAGCAGCUGGUUGCGCUGCGGCCAGGCGGCAUGCUGAUGGAGCACUGCUGUCGGAUGAGCGAUCGCUUGGAGGAGCUGCGGCAGCGGUUCGGCGAGAUCCACCACCUCUAUGCGGAGAGCCUGCAGAUGCAUCAGUUCCAGCUGCUGGGCCUCGUGCUGAGCACACUGAUCAACAACCUGACCAACUUCUAUGCCAUCUUCAAUAUGCUGGCCAAGCAGUCGCUCGAGGAGAUUAGCAUACCGAUCGUGAUUGGCUCGGUAUACGCCACGGGCUUCUACAUCGACACCUACAUUGUGACGCUGCUCAAUGAGCACAUCAAGCAGGAGCUGGAAGGACUCGCCCUCACAAUGCGCACCUUUACCGAGCCCCCAGCCACAGUCGAGCAGUGUCUGACCCAGCAGAUCGAGCAGUUCUCGCUGGAGCUGCUCAAGUGCCGACCGCCUAUGCUCUGUGGCCUGUUGAACUUUGACCGUCGCCUGGUCUAUCUGAUAGCCGCCACUGCCUUCUCCUACUUCAUCACACUGGUGCAAUUCGAUUUGUACCUGCGCAAGCGGUCCUAAAACAGCAAACAAACCCUCGCAGACAC